GCUGGAGUCCUAAGGCAGCAUGGUGUCUCUGCUGGGUGGCUUUCAGAGGUCACUCUGGACCAUCCUCCUCCUUGUGGUGUUGGCUGUGCUCCUGCUGGUUGGCGUCCUACAUACUCAUGUCAAGCUGUUACUGCCAAUCCCACAAGUAAUCUUCCCAGCUGAUGGCACUUCUGGCAAGAAGCCCCAACUCUGCAUGUGCUCCUGCCCAUCCCUUGGUUCCCAGGCCAGUGCAGGGCUCUGGACCUUGCCCUCUGGCAUUGGGGUAGGGAGGACCCAGCACCUGUCCACUGUGGCCCCAUGUUGGGCUGGCUUCAAUUCAGGGCCCUUCUGUCCCAGGAUGAAGGCUUGGGGUCAGCUUGGGAAUAAUGGAUGUGUGGUUGAGGUCAGUGGGCCAGUGCUAUGUGGGUACCUUGAUACCAGGUAGCAGGUUGUAAGUCUGAGAGGUGUUUGAGCUGGCGCAUAGCCUGUAGCCUGGGAAAUCAUCUGUCCCAGUGGGCCUCCUGGGCUGCAGGGUGAGGGGGGCUGUAGACAAGGGCCACAAUGAUGGGGCUGGGGUUGGGGAUUCAGGUUGGGGGUGUGGAGAGAAGGGCUGUCUGGGCAUGGUUCUGCAAAUGGCACAUUGCCAGGGUUGAGCCUUCCUGGGCCCUCCGUCCAGCCAGCUCAGGGCUGAGGUGGAGAGGCCACCUGUUACCAACAUCAUGUUCCUCAAGACACACAAGACAGCUAGCAGCACAGUGCUCAACAUCCUCUACCGCUAUGCUGAGAUGCACAACCUGUCUGUGGCGCUGCCUGUGGGCCGAAGUUUCCACCUGGGCUUCCCCUGGCUCUUUGUGACGCGUUACGUGGAGGGUGCUCUGCAGGCUGGGCCUCACCCUGGGCCUCCUCGACAAUUCAACAUCAUGUGCAACCACCUGCGGUUCAACCUGCCCGAGGUGCAGAAGAUCAUGCCCAACGACACCUUCUACUUCUCCAUCCUUCGGCACCCGGUCACCCAGCUCGAGUCCUCCUUUAUCUACUAUAAGAACUAUGCACCUGCUUUCCGCGCUGCUAGCAGCCUGGAAGCCUUCCUGAAGGCGCCGCACCGCUUUUACAACAGCAGUGCCGGGCUGAGGAACGCGUACGCGCGCAACAGCAUGUGGUUUGACCUGGGCUUCAACAACGAUGCUGCUGCUGAUGACGCAUACGUGCGUGCUCGCCUGGUGGAGGUGGAGCAGCGCUUCCAGUUGGUGCUAAUCGCCGAGUACUUUGACGAGUCCAUGGUACUGCUGCGGCGCUUACUGCACUGGCAAAUGGACGACGUGGUAGCCUUUCGGCUAAACGCGCGCAGCCCGCACAGCGUGGUGCGCCUGUCUCCCCAGGGCCGGGAGCGCGCGCUGAGCUGGAGCGCCCUGGACUGGCGCUUGUACCUGCACUUCAACCACACUUUCUGGACGCGCGUGCGCGCUGAGCUGGGCCCGCGUCGCCUGCGCGCAGAGGUGGAGCAGCUGCGUGCUCGCCGCCUGGAGCUCCAGACUCUAUGUUUGGAGGACACAGCGCCUCGCAGCGGGGCGAGCAUCGCAGACCCGCGGCUGCGCCCCUACCAGUCUGGUGAUGCAGACAUCCUGGGAUAUGUCCUGCGGCCGGGGCUGGACAACGCCACGCUACAUCUGUGCCAAAGGAUGGUGAUGCCUGAGCUACAGUAUGUGGCCCGAUUGUACACGCUGCAGUUCCCCCAGAAACCCCGUAAAAGAAUACCCUUCCUGGAGCACUAGGGACCUUGGGGCCUGCCCCUCUCCAGCCUUCCUUGGACAUCCAGGCCACAGACCCUCAGGCUGACCCACCAGGGGCACAGUCCACCUGUCCCUGAGGUGAGAGGGCUUCCAGGGGACAUGCUUGACAGGCAGACUGGGCUGUGGUCCCAAAGGACCUCAGAGCAUUUUCCAGAACUUCCUUGACCCAAUGUGGCACUGAUUCUCAGGGAAGAACCCAGGACCACUCUCAGAGCUGGACCUGCAAAUGGCAGCGUGGUGAGCAGUUUAUUUCCGACUGAGAACGGUUUGGUUUAGAUUUAGAGACCAUACCAAACUGCUCAUUCAGCUGAGCCCAUGGUAGGAGCUCCACAUUCCCCUCCAGCACUAGCCAGAGGAAUGCUGAAGGAGUAAGACUCAUGAACUCAGGGAGCUGGGAAUGGUGUUUGAUCUUGGUUGUCUGGAGAUCGUGUUGGGUGGGGGGCCGUCUUCCUCUGUCAUCCACAAGGAGGACCUGAGGCCUCUGGCUAGCAGGACGAGCUCCCUGCAUGCCUGGGGCCCAGUGGGUACAGUGGAGUCACACACCUGUCACCAAAAAUCUGGGAGAGUGGGGCACCUGGGGAGCCCAGAAGAUGUUGGCACUCACAUGCAGAGCCCAGAUGCCCAGUCAGGGCUUGCUUGCGAGGUAGGGGUUCCUUCUGUGUCAUUCAGGGCCUCUACCCUCAGGAUCCCACGUCUGCAAUUCUCCCACUGUGGGUGGGCUAUGUGCAGGUGUUCCCCAUUUUUCUGGGGAGUCAGCCCAGAGCAGGCAGCUCCCGGGGACAGUGUAAGGACAUUUCGAGUAGGAUUAGAGGUGCUACAGUGAACUUGAGAAUAAUAGAGAGAAUAUAUGGAAAUUGAGUCAGUGACUUCCAAAGAAAGGUGAAUAGAGACAGUGAGGAAGGUGGGCACUUGCUGAGAGCCAGGGCCCUGAAACUGUGGGUAGGGUCACCUGGCUCAGCCCACAGGAAGGUGUGUGAGACUCCCUGGGGAAAGUGGUGUGGGAUUCACAUCUAAGAUGAGCCUAUGUACAGGUAACAGGAGUCCUUGCAAAGGGAAAAGGUGCAAGAGGAAUUUCGGUCAAGCCAAGAAUGGGAAAAAUUGCCACAUGUUGAGGAAGAUGAGCUUUUCAGCGUGAGUUCCUGCUCAAGCACCAGGCGAAGUUUGCAGCUUUCAGAGAAGGUGGAUGUGAUAGGAAUCCAGAGCAGGGAAGGACAACCUGUCCCAGAGACAGCAGGGAACUGUAAGGAGGGCCUGUGUAGGCAGGCAGCCAUGGCCCACAACCACAAUGUGUGACACUGCUCUCACCUGCACAGCAACUGUGGAAUUGAAGUAACAAUAACAAUUUUUUUCACUGUGAAAAUCAGUAUGGAUUCAGUAACAAUUUAAUGUCACUCUGUUUUUGCCUUCAGGUUGGUGGGAUUUAAACUGUUACCAUCAGUUUGGAGGGAAAUUUGGGCUGUUUCCUAAAAGUAAAAAGCCUUUGGUUUGUGAUAGAUAAUUCUGGAAACUCUCUGUUCAAAUUAGCCAUUAAGUAGAAGUGUUUAAAAUGCUGCUGUAGAGAUGAUAUCCAAAAUAAGGGCCAUGCUUACUGACGCUAGAGCAGAUAUAGACCAAAUAUAAAGGAGCUUAAGGAAAUUAUGGAAGCUCAGCACAUGAAAGAAAUGGAAUCCAUAAAGCAGAUUGAAGCAGAUAUCCAGCAUGUUAAAAAUUUCAUUGAAAGUUUUGGAUGUAGAUGAGGCCAAUGUGAGGAUAAGAUCUUAGAUACUGAUAGCCUUGCAAUUAGUGACCAGGAAAAGAAAGCUUUCUCAAAAAUAGCAAAGGACCAUGAGAAAUCAAUCCAGCAGCUACUAAAUGAGAUAAAGAAGAAUAAUUUAAGAUUGAUUGUAGUCAAUGAAAAGGCAGGAGAUAAUCACAAAUGACAUCAAGAAAAUGGUCACAGACAUGACAGAAAACUUCCCUGGCAGAGAAACAGAAUCUUAUAGCCAUUCAUAUCACAGUCCAAAUUCCAAAGACUCAACACAAGAAUAGAAUCUUAAAAGCUGUUGGGGAAAAAGAAUAAGUCACCUAUAAAGAAAAGCCCAUCAGAAUCACAGCUUACUCCUCAGUGCAAAGUCUCAAGUCAAGGAAAGCUUAGAGUGAAUUAUUCUGAGCUCUAAAGGAAAACAACUUUCAACCCAGAUUGAUGUGCCUUACAAAAGUAUCUUUCAAAACUGGUGGAGAAAUAACAGCUGAGGAAAUUUAUAACCACCAAACAAGUUCCCAAAAUAUUCUGAAGGACAUUCUAGAAAGAAAUAGUAAGAGCUACAGCUCCAUAAACCCCAGUAGAAGGAAUCGACCAGACAAGGCAAACAAUUAGAUGGAAGGGAAAAAAAGCGGGGCUGGGUAGAGCCAGCAACAGGAAAAGUCAUGACAAAAAUAUCAGUAUGUAUCCAUUACAGCCAUCAAUGUUAAUGGUUCUAAUUCAGCUAUCAAAAGACAGACUGGGAGAAGGGAUCAAGGAGCAAAAUUCAAUAUAUUGCAUACAGGAAACAUUUAAUUCAAAAAGAAAUUCAUGGACUGAAAGGAUAGAAAAGAAUACUCUGUGACAGGAAUCCAGGAAAAAACAGGGGUAGCUAUUCUACUUGCAGACAAAGUGAAUUUCAAGUCAGACUAAGCAAGAUAAAGAAGUUCACUAUAUACAGGUAAAGGGAACAAUCCAAGAGGAAAAGAUAACAAUCAAAUAUAUGUGCAACAAAUACUAGUGCACCAACUAUAUAAAACUACUAACAGACAUGAAAAAUCAAGCCCUAAUGCAAUUGCAUUGGGAGAGCUCCACAGCCACUGUCACAGAAAGAUCAACUAGAAAAAAAUAUUAGAACUGAACCAAACUUUUUUUUAUCGGUACCGGGUAUCGAACUCUCAACCGUGUGCUUGCAAAGCAGGCACUUAUGCCACUGAGCUAAAUCCCCAGCCCUGAACCAAAGUUUUGAACAAAUUUAUUCAGUAGAUGUCUACAGAGUGUUAUAUCCCACAACAUAAGAAUACACACUGUUCUCAGCUGCACUUGGUAUGUUCUCCAAAAUAAACCACAUAUUGGCUCAUCGGAUAUGCUUAAGUAAAUGCACAGGGAAUAUCAUUAUUCUAUACAUACUUUCAGCCCACAAUGCGUUGAAACUGGAAAUCCAUGGCAAAAGAAACCACAAGUUUCAUAAACAUGGAAAUUAAAUAGCACCAUGCUAAACAGCCAAUGGGUCACAGAUGGAAUUAAGAAAUUAGUUUUUACAGAUAAAUGAUAAGGACAGUACAAUUGACUAUAGGACACAGUGAAAGCAGUCCUAAGAGGGAAAUUUUAUCAUAGUAAAUGCCCAUAUAAGAAAAACAGGAAAUGGAUAGAAACAACUUCAUGGUGAGGAAUCUAGAACUUCUGGAAAGAGAAAAGCGGGCUAAGGCAAAAGCUUGUAUGAGGGAGGAAAUUAUCAAGUUAGAGCAGAAAUUUAUGCAUUGGAGACUAAAAACCAAUUGAAGAGUUAAUUCUUUGAAGGAUUAAAUAAAAUCAGUAACUCCUUAGUCAAUCUUACCAAAAAAAAGAAAGAAAAGAAUCAAAUCCACAAAAUUAGAAAUGAUAAGGGUGAAGUACAGCAGACCCUUCAGAAAUCCAGAAAAUCAUCUAUACCUACUUUGAAAAACUGUAUUCUAGUAAGAUGGAAAAUACAGAAGAAACGGACAACUUUCUAGAUACAUAUGAGUUACCAAAGCUGAAUCAAGAAGAUAUAAACUUUCUAAACAAACCAAUAUCAAUCAAUGAAAUUGAAGAUGUAAUUGAAAGUCUGUCAAUAAAGAAAAGCCCAGGCCCUGACAGAUUAACUGCUGAAUUCUACAAGAAAUUUAGAGAAGACCUAACACUACUACUACUUAAACUCUACAAUGCAAUUGAAUGGGAAGCAAUACUCCCAUAUUCAUUACUGGAAGCAAGCAUUACCCUGAUACCAAAACCAGACAAGGACACAACUAAGUAAGAAUGACAGGUGAACCUCCAUAAUGAAUAUAGAUGCAAAAAUCAAUAAGAUACUGGCAAACAAUACAGCAAAUUGUGAAGAAGAUUAUACACCAUGAUCAAGUGGGAUUCAUCCCAGGGAUGCAGGGAUGAUUCAACAUAUGUAAAUCCAUAAAUUUAAUACACAUAUUAAUAGAGCCAAUGAUAAAAACCAUAUAAUCAUCUUUAAGUACAGAAAAAUCUUUGACAAAGUCCAGCGUCCAUUCAUGAUAAAAACCCUACGAAAAUUUGAAUAGUCUAUCCCAAUCUGAUAAAAUUUCUCUACGACAGGUCAACAGCCACCUUUAUACUAAAUGGACAAAGACUAAAAGGUUUCAUUCUAAAAUCAAGACGGGGAUAUCCACUGUCUCCACUUGUAUUCAACAUAGUCCUGGAAACUCUAGCCAGAGCAACUAGACAGGAGAGAGAAAUAAAAGGAAUAAAAAUAGGAAAGGAGGAAGUUAAACUAUCAUUAUUUGCAGAUGACAUGAUACUCAGACCCCAAAGACUCCACUAAACAACUGGUAUAUUCAAUAAACAAAUUCAAUAGUAUAGCUAGAUAAAAAGUCAAUACACAAAAACCAAUAGCCUUCCUGAACACGAAUAACAAACACACUGAGAGCAAAAUCAGAGAAACAACACCUUUUACAAUUGCACCCUCCAAAAAUGAAAUACCUAAUAAUCAAUUUAAUGAAGGAUGAAAAAGACCUCUACAUCGAAAACUACAGUAUUCUGAAAAAGGAGAUCAAAGAAGAUAUUAGAAAAUGGAGAGCUAUUUCCUGCUCUUUGUAGGAAGACCCAAUAUCAUGAAAAUAGCCAUACUUCCAAAACUCUUAUACAGAGUCAGUGCAAUCCCAAUAAAAAUUCCAAUAACUUAUCUCGCAGAGUUAGAGAACACAAUCCUAAAAUUCAUCUGGAAUUGGAAGAGACCCAGACUAGCAAAGGCAACCCUUGGUAACAAAGGCAGGACAGGGAGUGUCACAAUCCCUGAGUUGAUAUGUAAGGGUGCAGUGAUAAAAACAGCAUGGUACCGGCUAAAACAAAACGGUAACAACAAAAACAUGCCUGAACACCAGUGAAACAGAUUAGAAGAUGCAGAAACAACUACAGACACACUAAGCCACCUUAUGUUUGAGAGGUGCUAAUCACAUUCACUGGAAGAAAGGCUCUUUAAAACCCUCUUUUCCCGGUGCUGUAAAAAUUGGCUCUGCACAUGCUGACAAAUAAAGUUGAACUCUUAUCUUUCAUCAUGCACUAAACUAAAUUCAGAAUGGAUGAAAGAUCUAAAUAUUAAAAUUGAAGCAAUCUACUGGAAUAUAGAGUAGGUAAAACUCUUGAAGAUAUUGGUGUAAGCCAAGACUUUAUGAACAAAACCCUGAUUGCACAAGAAUUGUCAUAAAGAACCAACAACUGAGAUCUCAUCUUGUUAAAAAGCAUUUGGACAGCAAGAAAAAUCACUAACAGAACAAAGAGACAAUGUACAGCAUGGGAGAAAGUGUUUUCUGGUGUUCCUCAGACAAAGAGUUACUAUCAAAAACUUACAAAAAAAACUCCUAAAUUUAAAGACCCCAUCCAAAAAUUGGCAUCUGAGAUGAAUACACACAUCUCAAAUGAAGAAACACAAACAUCAAAUAAAUACAUGAAAAAAUGUUCAAAAUCACUUGUCAUUUGAGAGAUGCAAAUGAAAACAAUACUUAGAUUCCACCUCACCCCAGAAUAAAUGGCUAUUAUAAAAAAUCAACCAAUAACAAAUGCUGAGUAUCUGUGGGGAAAAAGGAACCCUUCUCCACUGUCACUGGAGUUAGACUGGUACAACCACUGUGGAAAUCAGUGUGGAGAUUCUUAGAAACUCUAGAAUGGGAGGUCCAAUUUGACCCAGCUAUUCUCAUAGGCAUCUUCCCAGAAUACCACAGCAAUAAAAGUGCACCCACGUUUAUAGCAGUACAAUUUGUAAUAGCCAAAUCUUGGAAACACUGUAAAUGCCCAUCAACUGAGCAAUGAAUGAAAACAAUGUGGUCUUGGUAUCAAGAAUCAAACUUACAACGUAGCAUUUGGAGGCAGGUGCUCAUGUCCCUGAGCUGAACCCCUGGCCCUACAAUGUGUUAUUUUUAUACAACGAAAUACUACUUAACCAUAAAGAAGGAUAAUCUUGGGACUUUUAUAGGCAACUGGAUGCAAGUUGAGACCAUACUCAUUAGUGAAAUAAAUCACACAUGCAUGUGUAAAUGUAUUGUCUCACUAGUGUGACAAGUUGAAAGAAAUUAUAUACAUAAAAGAUAGUUAAGAAAGUUAUACUAAUUUCUCUGAGUCACUGAAGAGAAAUGUUGGUGCUAGUAUUAUGUGGAUGAUUAAAUGCAGUUGUCCUCUGAGUAAGUGAUUUGAAAAUAACAAUAUGCAAUGUAUACACCAUUGUUAACCUCAAUUGUGUUUUGGAAUUUUGUUUUAUUUUUUCUCUUUAAAAUAACACGAAUUGUUGUUGUAAGGCUGGGAAUAUGCUUCCACGGCACAGCACCUGUUUGGCAAGUGUAAGGUCCUUAGUUUGAUUCACUGUACCUAAAUAAAAGAUAAAACACCACUGUACUGUGGAAUCAAUAAAAGCUUGUGACAUAG